GGGAGUGUGUCUGCGCCGCGCUCCCGCGACGGGAUCUAGUCUCCCGACUGUCGGUUGGUGGGGUCGGUCUGGAAAACUCCGGGCCAGCCCCUACUCUCCCCAGACCCACACCCCCCCGCAUCCCGAUCGGAGAGCCCAAAGGAGACCAGUCGGGGCCCCAGUGCGCUCCAAGAACGGGCUCUUCCAAGUAGGAAUUGGGGUGGGGGCUUUGAACCAGGUCCCCUGGGAGAAGGCAGGGCUGGACGGGAGGCGGUGGGGAGUGAGGCAGGAGUGGAGCACGGCGACGACUCCAACGGCGGGGUCCCGGGGAGCCCGCCGGCGGGAGGAGAGAGUUCCCUGGAGGUGCUGGGGGAGGGGCGGGUCCCUCUGCCGCCCGGGAACCUCUGCCCUCGGGUGUCCCUGCCCCAGGGCUCUGAUGCCCCUCUUCAAAACACAGCGGGGACACAUCUGUAUUUGUUGAUGUUGAGGGUGAGCGGCUCAGCAAGGGAGGGUUCCUCGGAACCCGCUGUGAACGGCUCUUCCACCUUCUGGAUGAGCUGCACAGUCACUCAGUGCCUGGCCUGCUCAGUAGCCCUCGGGAGGGUCCAGGAAGAAGAACACGGCACUGUGUGCACCUGUGUCUGUCCUUUUAAGACCUGCAGUGUGAGUGUAAAUUGUGAGGUGCCUGGGGAGAGUGUCCAGGCGUGCGUGUGUGAGAGACUGGCAAGAGCAGAGUGUCUGACUUGGGACCCUUCUGAGGACACCAUCCUUCCCAAGGGACCCACUGCACCCUCUCUUGGCUCAGAACCAACGGUGGGGCCAGAAGUAUGGCUGGCGUGGCUGUGGUUCCUUGCAGCCCCCCACCCCACAGGUGGGCUCAGCAUGUGGAAUGCUUGGAGGGACCUGGGAUCUGAGGCUCAGGCCACAUUCCUGGCUGAGUGUCCUUGGAGCUGUAACCUGGAAGUAACCAGGGAUGUAGCCAGGAUUCCCUGGGGAGUGAGCCCUCUUCCAACCGGAUGCUGGGAUUAGCCCAUCCUGUUGCUUCGCCCCCAGGGCUGGGAGCUGGCUCCAAGGUCCCUGGGCUUCCUGCCCCCACACUUCCUACCCCAGGCCCUCCUGCCUGAGGCUGGCUCUCAUUCCCCUGCCUGGGCUUCCUGCUUCUGGACCCCAGCGACCCUGGGAGACUCAGGAGACUAGGGUGGACCCAGCCAGGCACACACAAUCACCCUCAGUAAGGAGUCGGACGGCAUCGAGAGAGGGCCCAUGUCGUGUCGUCCCCUUGUCCCCCCACAGUCCAACCACCCUGGACACCCUGGUCCUUCUGCUCACCGACUGUUUCUGGAGUGCCUGGUAGGAGGGGCGCGGGGAAGUAGAAAAGGGGAUUUUAGGGCUGAAAGGCCAUAUCAGUCACUUGGCCGUGUGACUCUGAACCAUCUUGUGGGGUCAUGACACCCCCCCACCCCGAGAAUCUAAUAGAAGUUGUGGAACUGUUCUCAGAAAAACAUGCACACACAGACUUUCAAAGCCCCUAUCCCACCUGGAAGUCCUGGGAGGCCCCUGGGGGUUUUACUGGUAAAGAAAUUGAGGCCCAGUUGCCCAGAAUCCACAUAAAUUGGUGGUAGGGCCUGAGAGUGUGCAAUAUCAGCGGUCCAGAGUGUCUGGCGGUGGCCUGGGACACGUGUGCCACGCACCCCAUCCUCCCCAUCUCUCUCUCACACACACACACACACUGCAGGAAGGAGGCUGUUUCCAGGGAGAGCUGGCCUCUGAGGGGAUCGUAUGAUGUAAAGCCAGAUCCAAUCCAGUUCCUGGCAGCUGGUGCUCCAGGGCACGGGGCUGAGGUAAAGCCUCCCCAGCCGGGGGCUUCGCUGCCUGUCUCAGGCUGCCUGGGAUGCGCCGAGACCAGGAUGCAGUGACAGCAGUGUGGCCUCUCUGCUCACCUGCCCCAGCGUUGCCCCCACCAAAGGCUCACAGUCCCUGGAGGUGACCUGGGGGGGGCGCCAUGCUGCUCCCUGCCCUCCUCUUUGGGAUGGCAUGGGCACUAGCUAACGGGUAAGCAGCCCACCCUGGGGCCCUCUGACCAAGAUCCUUCUCCUGCCCCAGGAUCAGGGCCCUCUGGGGCAGCGGGCCUCCCCUCCCCACCUUCUCUCUCCCAAGCUCAGCUUCCACCUGUCAACUAGCACUCUGCUGGGAGUGGGUGACAGGGUAGGGCCUCUGGGACAGAGGAGCUGGUGACCUCAGCAGUCUGUCCACAUCCAUGGGCAGGCGAUGGUGCAAGCGGACAGAGACCAUCUGGGUGGAGGAGGAAGUAACCCCCCGUCAGGAGGACCUGGUGCCCUGCACCAGCCUCUCCCAUUACCAGCGCCGGGGCUGGCGGCUGGACCUGACCUGGAGUGGUCACGAGGGGCUCUGCCCCAUCUACAAGCCCCCAGAAACCCGGCCUGCGGCAUGGAACCGGACAGUGAGGGUUUGCUGCCCCGGCUGGGGGGGCCCCCACUGCACCCUGGCCCUUGCAGAAGCCGGCCCUGAGGGCCACUGCUUUGCCACAGGGCUGUGCCAGCUGCGGGCAGGCUCAGCGAAUGCCUCUGCAGGAAGCCUGGAGGAGUGCUGUGCCCAGCCCUGGGGACAAAGCUGGCAGGAUGGCCGCUCCCAGGCGUGCCUCAGCUGCUCCAGCCACCAACUCCCAGGCACCGUGCCCUCUCCAGCCCUCCUGCAGCCCCUGGCAGGGGCUGUGGCCCAGCUCUGGAGCCAGCGCCAGCGUCCCUCAGCCACCUGCGCCACCUGGUCAGGCUUCCACUAUCGCACCUUUGACAGACGCCACUACCACUUCCUGGGCCGCUGCACCUACCUGUUGGCGGGCGCUGCAGAUUCCACUUGGGCUGUCCACCUCGAGCCCAGGGGGCACUGCCCCCAGCCUGGGCACUGCCAGCUGGCCCGGGUGAUGAUGGGACCAGAGGAGGUGCUGGUCCGGGGCAGAAACGUCUCUGUAAACGGGCAGCUGUUACCUGAUGGGGAGUCUCAGCUGCUCCCAGGGCUGAGCCUGCAGUGGCAAGGGGACUGGCUGGUGCUGUCAGGGGGACUGGGGGUCGUUGUGCGGCUGGACGGGUCCAGUUCUGUCUCCAUUUCCGUGGACCAUGAGCUCCAGGGACAGACUCAAGGCCUCUGUGGGGUCUACAAUGGCCGGCCUGAGGAUGACUUCUUGGAGCCUGGCAGGAGACUGGCUGGAUUAGCUGCCACCUUUGGGAAUUCCUGGAGGCUCCCAGACUCAGAGCCUGGGUGUCUGGAUGCAGUGGAGGCAGCCCAAGGCUGCGAGGACCCCCCGAGAGGCACAGAGGCGGGCAUGGAGCCUGGCCAGCUUCAGGCUGAAGCCCAGGAUGUGUGCCACCAGCUGCUGGACAGUCCAUUCAGGGACUGCCAUGUCCAGGUGCCCCCUGCUGAGUACCACGAGGCCUGCCUCUUUGCCUACUGUGCUGCGGCCCCCGCGGGCAGCGGGCGGGAGGAGCGGCUGGAGGCCAUCUGUGCCACCUUGGCCAACUAUGCCCAGGACUGCGCGGCGCGGCGCGUCCUCCUGCGCUGGAGGAAGCCCGGCUUCUGCGAGCGCCAGUGCCCGGGGGGCCAGCUGUACUCGGACUGCGUCUCGGCCUGCCCGCCCAGCUGCUCGGCAGUGGACGACGGAGGCGAGGGGUCCUGCGGGGAGGAGUGCGUGAGCGGCUGCGAGUGCCCGCCCGGCCUCUUCUGGGACGGCGCCCUCUGCGUGCCCGCCGCCCGCUGCCCCUGCUACCACCGACGCCGGCGUUACAACCCCGGUGACACCGUGCGCCAGCUGUGCAACCCGUGUGUGUGCCAAGACGGCCGCUGGCUCUGCGCGCAGGCGCCGUGCCCCUCCGAGUGCGCGGUGGGCGGGGACGGGCAUUACCUCACCUUCGAUGGGCGGAGCUUCUUCUUCCGCGGCGGCCCGGGUUGCAGCUCCAGGCUGGUGCAGGACUUUGUGAAGAGGGAGCUGCUGAUUGUUCUGGAGCAUGGGGACUGCGACUCUGGGAACUGCCUCCGUGCCAUCUCUGUCACCCUGGGGGACACCCACGUCCAGCUCAGGGACUCAGGAGCAGUACUGGUCGACGGGCAGGAUGUGGGCCUGCCCUGGAGUGGUGCUGGGGGCCUCAGCAUCACCCGUGCCUCAUCCACCUUCCUGCUGCUGCGCUGGCCUGGGGCCCACGUCCUCUGGGGCACAUCGGACCCUGCAGCCUACGUCACCCUGGAUCCCCGCCAUGCCCACCAGGUGCAGGGUCUGUGUGGCACCUUCACCUGGAACCAGCAGGAUGACUUCCUGACACCCACUGGCGACGUGGAGACCAGUGUUGCAGCCUUUGCUAGCAAGUUCCAAGUGGCAGGUGAGGGAAGGUGUCCUUCGGAGGAGGACAGCACCUCACUUUCCCCCUGCAGCACCCAUGCUCAGAGCCGUGUUUUCGCGGAAGCAGCCUGCGCCAUCCUGCAUGGCCCAGCCUUCCAGGAGUGCCAUGGGCUGGUGGACAGGGAGCCAUUCCACCUGCGCUGCUUGGCAGCUGUGUGCAGCUGUGCCCCCGGCAGAGACUGCCUGUGCCCUGUGCUCGCUGCCUAUGCUCGGCGCUGUGCUCAGGAGGGUGCCCUGCCUUCUUGGAGAAACCAGAGCCUCUGCCCUGUCCUGUGUCCUGGUGGCCAGGAGUACCAGGAGUGUGCCCCAGCCUGCGGCCAGAACUGUGGGGAGCCAGAAGACUGCGGGGAGCUGGGCACCUGUGUGGCCGGUUGUAAUUGCCCCCUGGGGCUGCUGUGGGACCCCGAGGGCCAGUGUGUGCCCCCUAGCUUGUGUCCCUGCCAGCUUGGGGACCAUCGCUAUGCCCCUGGCAGUACCGUCAGGAAGGACUGCAACCACUGUGUCUGCCGGGAGAGGGGACUCUGGAAUUGCACUGCUCACCACUGCGCCCCUGAGCGGGCCUUCUGCCCUGGCGAGCUUGUCUAUGUCCCUGGUGCCUGCCUCCUUACCUGUGACAACCCCCGUGCCAACGGCUCCUGCCCACCAGGCAGCAUGGGGGGCUGUGUCUGUCCCCCGGGCAACGUGCUGCUGGAUGAGCGCUGCGUCCAUCCCGAGCUCUGUCCCUGCCGUCACGGUGGCCAGUGGUACCCUCCCAAUGCCACAAUCCAGGAGGACUGCAACAUGUGUGUGUGCCAGGGCCGUCAGUGGCACUGCACAGGCCAGCGGUGUGAUGGACGGUGCCAGGCAUCAGGUGCCCCCCACUAUGUGACAUUUGAUGGGCUGGCCUUCACCUUCCCUGGGGCCUGCGAGUACCUGCUGCUGCGAGAGGCUGAUGGCCAGUUUACAGUCUCUGCCCAGAACCUGCCCUGCGGGGCCAGUGGCCUCACCUGCACCAAGGCACUGACCGUGCGGCUGCAGAGCGCUGUUGUGCACAUGCUCAGAGGCCAGGCGGUGACAGUGAAUGGGGUGAGUGUGACGCCUCCCAAGGUCUACACCGGCCCUGGGCUGAGCCUGCACCGAGCCGGCCUCUUUCUGCUGCUCACCACCCGCCUGGGCCUCACCCUUCUCUGGGAUGGAGGCACCCGGGUCCUGGUACAGCUGCCCCCCCAGUUCCAUGGCCGGGUGGCUGGGCUGUGUGGAGACUUUGAUGGAGACGCCAGCAAUGACCUUCGGAGCCGCCAGGGAGUCCUGGAGCCCACGGCCGAACUGGCUGCCCACUCAUGGCGCCUCAAUCCUCUCUGCCCUGAGCCAGGGGACCUGCCGUACCCCUGCACUGUGAAUGCCCACCGGGCCGGCUGGGCCCGUGCCCGCUGUGGGGUGUUGCUGCAGCCCCUCUUUGCCCAGUGCCAUGCGGAGGUGCCCCCACAGCGACACUAUGAGUGGUGUGUGUAUGACACCUGCGGCUGUGAUGCAGGCGGCGACUGUGAGUGUCUCUGCUCCGCCAUUGCCACCUAUGCCGACGAGUGUGCCCGGCAUGGGCUCCAUGUGCGCUGGCGCAGCCAGGAACUCUGCCCUCUGCAGUGUGAAGGGGGUCAGGUGUAUGAGGCUUGUGGCCCCACGUGUCCCCCCACCUGUCACGACCGCGGUCUGGAGCCUGGGUGGCACUGCCAAGCUGUGGCCUGUGUGGAGGGCUGUUUCUGCCCAGAGGGGACUCUACUGCAUGGAGGAGUCUGUCUAGAGCCGGCGACCUGCCCCUGCGAGUGGGGCGGCAGCUUCUUCCCACCGGGCACUGUGCUGCAGAAGGACUGUGGCAACUGCACGUGCCAGGAAAGUCAAUGGCUUUGUGGGGAGGAUGGUAGCCACUGUGAGGAGCUGGUGCCUGGCUGUGCAGAGGGAGAGGUGCCAUGCCAGGAGAGCGGGCACUGUGUGCCACACAGCUGGCUUUGUGACAACCAGGAUGACUGCGGUGAUGGCUCAGACGAGGCGGGCUGUGCCACCCCAGGCUGUGGGGAGGGGCAGAUGUCUUGCAGCUCUGGCCACUGCCUGCCCCUGGCCCUGCUCUGUGAUGGACGGGAUGACUGUGAGGAUGGGAUGGAUGAGCAGGGCUGCCCAUGCCCCCCGGACUCACUGCCCUGUGCUGAUGGGCGCUGCCUGCCCCUGGCCCUGCUCUGCGAUGGGCAUCCGGACUGUCCAGAUGCUGCUGACGAGGAGUCUUGUCUGGGGCAAGUCAGCUGCACCCCUGGGGAGGUGUCCUGCAUCGAUGGCGCCUGCGUGGGGGCCCUCCGGCUGUGUGACGGAAUCUGGGACUGCCCGAACGGAGCCGACGAGGGGCCUGGGCACUGCCCCCUCCCCUCUCUGCCCAUGCCGCCUGCUGGCACCUUGCCUGGCCUUUCCACUGCCUCCCAGGAGACUCCACCAACUCCCCCUGCCAGGGUCAGCCCUGCGCCGCCCUGCGGCCCCUUGGACAUCGCGUGCGGCAGCGGCGAGUGCGCGCCCCGGGGCUGGCGCUGCGACGGCGAGGAGGACUGCGCCGACGGCAGCGACGAGCACGGCUGCGGCUGGCCCUGCGCGCCGCCCCACGCGCCCUGCGCCCGCGGCCCGCUCUGCGUGGCACCUGCGCAGCUGUGCGACGGCGUCCCGCACUGCCCCGACGGCUGGGACGAGAGCCCUGGCGCCUGCGAGGGGCUGCCAGCCCCAGGAGGCCCCAAUGGGACUGGAGUUCCCUGCUCAGAAUACUCCUGCCCAGAUGGCCUCUGCAUCGGUUUCCAGCAGGUGUGCAACGGGCAGCCUGACUGUGAAUUGACAGGGGAGGUGGCGUCCUCACCGGAAGAGCAGGGCUGUGGAGCCUGGGGCCCCUGGAGCCCGUGGGGGCCAUGCAGCCAGACCUGUGGGCCUGGGGUACAGGCCCGGAGCCGCCGCUGCUCCCCUCCCAGCCUCCCAGUGCUGCAGCACUGCCUGGGUCCCGAGCAUCAGACUCAGGCCUGCUUCACUGCCGCCUGCCCAGUGGAUGCAGAAUGGACUUCCUGGUCCCCCUGGUCCCUGUGCUCUGAGCCAUGCAGGGGCACCAGGACCCGGCAGCGACAGUGCCACCCACCCCAGAACGGGGGCCGGACCUGUGCCAUGCUGCCUGGGGACCCUCAUGGCACCCACCAGACUGGGCCCUGCCCUCAGGAUGGCUGCCCCAAUGUCACCUGCUCCAGGGAGCUGGUGUUCCAUCCCUGUGCCCCUUGCCCUUUGACUUGUGAUGACAUCUCUGGUCAGGCCGUGUGCCCCCCUGACCCACCCUGCAGCAGCCCAGGCUGCUGGUGCCCUACAGGGCAGGUGCUGGAUGACAAAGGGCGGUGCGUGUGGCCCGGGCAGUGCCCCUGCCUGGUGGACGGCAUCCACUACCCACCAGGGCAGCGCAUCAAGGCCGACUGCCAGCUCUGCAUCUGCCAAGAUGGGCGGCCCCGGCGCUGCCGGCCCAACCUGGACUGUGUCGUGAACUGUGGCUGGUCACUCUGGUCCCCCUGGGCUGAGUGCCUGGGUCCCUGCGGGAGCCUGAGCAUUCAGUGGUCCUUCCGAAGCCCCAACAACCCCCGCCUCUCUGGCCGAGGCCACCAGUGCCGGGGCAUCCACCGCAAGGCCCGCAGGUGCCAGACGAGGCCCUGUGGGGGCUGUGAGCAGCACGGCCAGGUCCACCGUGUCGGGGAGCGCUGGCGAGGGGGCCCCUGCAAGGUCUGCCAGUGUCUGCACAAUGGCACGGCCCACUGCUCCCCCUACUGCCCGCUGGGCAGCUGCCCCCAGGACUGGGUUCUGGUGGAAGGAGUGGGAGAGUCGUGUUGCCACUGCGCCCCUCCUGGAGUGAACUGGACGGUCCAGCCCAUGGCCACUCCCGCCCCCACUCCAGCCCCCAGCCCCCAGAUCGGACCCUCUCUGAUCACCUACGUUCUGCCUCCCCCCGGCGACUCCUGCUAUUCUCGCCUGGACCUGACCCGGCUCCCCAAGGGGAGCCUACAGGCUUCACCCCAGCUACUGGACCAGCCCACAGGGGAGCCUGGCCAGCAGACCUGGAGCCCUGCAGAGGCUGGUGACCUUCUGCGCCACAUGCAGGCCCCCUAUUUGCAGCUGGACCUGCUUCGGCCCUGGAACCUCACUGGCAUCAUGGUGCAGGGGGCGGGAUCCUCAGACUUGCUCCAGUUCAGCAGUGAUGGUCUACACUGGCACAGCUAUCGUGACCUCCUGCCUGCCAUUCAGCCGCCACCCAAGCUUUUCCCUGGGACCCGGGAUGACGUGGCCCCCACCGUGUGGCUAUUUGGCCGGAUGGUGCAGGCUCGGCACGUCCGCGUGUGGUCCCUCGAUGUCACUCGUGGCUCCGAAAGUGAUGUCAACCACAGCAUCCCCCUGCAGGUGGAGCUGCUCGGUUGUGAGCCAGCACCUGCCUGCCCGGGGGCUGGGCACCGCUGUGCCAGUGGUUCGUGUGUCCUGAGAGGGACCCUGUGUGAUGGUGUGGAAGAUUGCGAGGAUGGCUCCGAUGAGGAGGGCUGUGUGCCCCCGCCCACGGGCACUGCCAGAGUCCAGUCCACAGCCCGGACCCCGGCCCUUUACCACACCCAGCCUGGAUGGCUGCACCCCCAGCCCAUGGAGGGUCUGGCAGAGACUGAGCGCUGGCAUCCCGGGCAGGGGUCACCCGUGCCCCCCACAGGAAAGGGGCCAGCAAGUCUUGUGUCCGCGUCUCCCCUGAGUCCUGAGGACUUUGUGCAGACCGCACCUGCCACCCCCACGUCCCGGCCUGAGGUGACAACCCCGAGACCCGAAAUGGCAGCCGUGACGGUGCUUCCCCCACACCCAACGACGUCUCUGGCUGUGGUGGUGCCUGCAGGACACAGCAUCGCCCCAGCGCCCUUCCCACCCAUGCGGUGCCGCCUGGGCCAGGUGCCCUGCAAGGUGCUGGGCUGCAUGGAGCAAGAGCAGCUGUGUGACGGGAAGGAGGACUGUCUGGACGGCUCUGACGAGAGGUCCUGCGCACGGGCAGGGGGCACUGUGCCCUUUACAGUGCCCACCACGGCCCUACCUGGGCUGCCGGCCUCCAGAGCCCUCUGCUCCCCGAGCCAGCUGAGCUGCCGCAGUGGGGAGUGCCUGCCCGCCGAGCGGCGCUGUGACCUGCAGCCCGACUGCCAGGACGGCUCGGAUGAAGACGGCUGUGUGGACUGUGGCCUGGCGCCCUGGUCAGGCUGGAGCAGCUGCAGCCACAGCUGUGGCCUGGGCCUCACCUUCCAGCGCCGGGAGCUGCAGCGGCCUCCACUGCCUGGCGGCAGCUGCCCGCCAGAUCGGCUCCGCAGCCGGUCCUGCUUUGUGCGGGCCUGCCCAGUGGCUGGGGCGUGGGCUGAGUGGGAGGCCUGGGGGCCCUGCAGUGUCUCUUGCGGGGGUGGCCAUCGGAGUCGCCGCCGGAGCUGUGUGGACCCCCCACCCAAGAAUGGCGGCGCCCCCUGCCCUGGGGCCUCCCAAGAGGGGGCGCCCUGCAGCUUGCAGUCCUGCACAGGUGGCACAGACUGCGGGCUGGGCCGUGUGCAUGUUAGUGAGGAAAUGUGCCAGAAGGGGCUGGUGCACCCGUGCCCCCCCUCCUGCCUGGACCCGGAGGCCAACAGAAGCUGCAGCGGACACUGUCUGGAGGGAUGCCGCUGCCCGCCUGGGCUCCUCCUCCAGGACGCCCGCUGCCUGCCCCUCUCCGAGUGCCCUUGCCUUGUGGGUGAAGAGCUGCAGCAGCCAGGGCAGCCCUUCCUCCUGGACAACUGCAGCCGAUGCAUGUGCCAGAAGGGGGCUCUGCUGUGUGAACCAGGGGGCUGCCCUAUGCCCUGCGGCUGGUCAGCCUGGUCCUCCUGGGGUCCCUGCGACCGCUCCUGUGGCUCUGGCUUGAGGGCCAGGUUCAGGUCCCCCUCCAACCCUCCGGCCGCUUCGGGGGGUGCCCCGUGUGAAGGCGAAAGGCAGGAGCUGCAGGCCUGUCACUUGUCGACGUGUGGGUCAGAGCCGCUGGGCUGGACGCCCUGGACACCCUGGUCCACCUGCUCCCAGAGCUGCCUUGUCCCUGGAGGGGGCCCAGGCUGGCGCAGCCGUUCCCGGCUCUGUCCUAGCCCCAGCAACAUGUCCUGCCCAGGAGAGGCCAUCCAGGAGGAGCCCUGCAGCCCCCUGGUGUGCCCAGGUAUGGGCAUCUGGGGUCUGUGGGCCGCUUGGUCCACCUGCUCGGCCCCUUGUGAUGGAGGCAUUCAGACACGUGGACGCAGCUGCCCUGCCUCGGCUCCUGGGAACCCUGGGUGCCAUGGACCCCACAGCCAGACGAGGGACUGCAAUACGCAGCCCUGCACAGCCCAGUGCCCAGAGGACAUGGUGUUCCGCUCGGCGGAGCAGUGCCGCCAGGAGGGGGGGCCGUGCCCUCGGCUGUGCCUGGCGCAGGGUCCUGGGGUGGAGUGCUCCGGCCUCUGCAGCCCUGGCUGUACCUGCCCCCCUGGUCUCUUCCUGCACAACGCCAGUUGCCUGCCCCUCAGUCAGUGCCCCUGCCAGCUGCGUGGGCAGCUCUAUGCACCAGGAGCAGUGGCCCGGCUGGACUCCUGCAACAAUUGCACCUGCAUCUCUGCUGAGAUGGUGUGCACCUCGGAGCCCUGCCCAGUGGCCUGUGGCUGGAGCCCCUGGACCCCGUGGAGUCUCUGCAGCCGCAGCUGUGAUGUGGGCAUUCGGCGGCGCUUCCGGGCGGGCACUGCACCCCCAGCUGCCUUCGGAGGGCCUUCAUGCCAGGGUCCCAACGUGGAGGCUGAAUUCUGCAGCCUGCAGCCAUGCCGGGGUCCUGGCGAGGAGUGGGGCCCCUGGUCUCCGUGCUCCGUGCCCUGUGGCGGUGGCUACCGGAAUCGCACCCGAGGGGGCAGCGGGCACAGCCCCGUGGACUUCUCCACCUGCGCCCUGCAGCCCUGUGCAGGACCAGUGCCCGGUGUGUGUCCUCCGGGCAAGCGAUGGCUGGACUGUGCCCAGGGCCCUGCCUCCUGUGCGGAGCUCAGCACCCCGAGAGGGACUGACCAGCCCUGCCAUGCCGGCUGCUACUGCCUGCCCGGGAUGCUCUUGUUGAACAACGUGUGUGUGCCCACCCAGGACUGCCCCUGCACCCACGGGGGUCGCCUCCACCCCCCGGGCAGUGCUGUGCGUCGUCCAUGUGAGAAUUGCUCCUGUGUCUCUGGGCUUGUCACCAACUGCACGGCCUGGCCCUGUGAGGAGGCUCGGCCCACGUGGUCACCCUGGACCCCAUGGAGCGAGUGCUCGGCCUCCUGUGGCCCUGCCCGCCGCCACCGGCACCGCUUCUGCCCCAGGCCCCCCAGUGUGGCACAGCCGCCCCCAUCGGCCUCACCUCCACCUCCCUGCCCUGGCCUUGAGGCAGACGAGGAGCCCUGCCUCCUGCCAGCGUGUGACCGAGCUGGAGCCUGGGGCCCUUGGGGGCCCUGGUCCAGCUGUAGCCGGAGCUGUGGGGGCGGCCUCUGGAGCCGGACCCGAGCCUGUGACCAGCCCCCGCCCCAGGGCCUGGGGGAUUACUGCGAGGGGCCUCGGGCCCAGGGCGCCGCCUGCCAGGUUCUGCCCUGCCCAGUGACCAACUGCAGCGCCAUUGAGGGCGCCGAAUACAGCCCCUGUGGCCCUCCCUGUCCUCGCUCCUGUGACGACCUCGUGCACUGUGUUUGGCACUGCCAGCCCGGCUGUUACUGUCCCCGGGGCCAGGUGCUGAGUGCUGAUGGCGCUGUCUGCGUGCAGCCCAGCCACUGCGGCUGCCUGGACCUGCUGACGGGUGCGCGGCACCAUCCGGGCACCCAGCUGGCCAGGCCCGAUGGCUGUAACUACUGCACUUGCUCGGAGGGCAGGCUCACCUGCACAGAUCUGCCAUGCCCAGUGCCCGGCAGCUGGUGCCCGUGGUCGGAGUGGACCAUGUGCACCCAGCCCUGCCGGGGCCAGAUGAGGACACGCUCCAGGGCCUGCACCUGCCCGGCUCCUCAGCAUGGGGGGUCCCCAUGCCCUGGCGAGGCGGGGAAGGCAGGGGUCCAGCAUCAGAGGGAGCCCUGUGCCAGCACCCCUGCGUGCCCAGUGGACGGAUCCUGGAGCCCGUGGGGGCCGUGGUCUCCCUGUGACGUGUGCCUGGGGCAGUCCCAUCGGAGCCGAGCUUGUAACUGGCCUCCCACCCCUGAGGGAGGCCGGCCCUGCCCUGGGAGCUACAGGCAGAGUCGCCUCUGCUGGGACAAUUCUACCCGAUGCACUGACUGUGCCGGUGGCCAGGCUCUUCUUCCCUGUGGGCAGCCCUGCCCCCGCUCCUGCCAGGACCUGUCCUCUGGGGUCAUGUGUCAGCCAGGCCUGACGGGCUGCCAGCCCAGCUGCGGGUGCCCCCCCGGCCAGCUGUUCCAGGAUGGUCGUUGUGUGUCCCCAGCCCAGUGCCGCUGCCAGUACCAGCCCAGAGCCAUGGGGAUCCCUGAGAACCACAGCCGGUCUGCAGGGUCUGGGCUCAGCUCCUGGGAGAGCCUGGAACCUGGGGAGGUGGUGACUGGGCCGUGUGACAACUGCAUCUGUGCGGCUGGCAUCCUGCAGUGCCAGGAGGUGCCUGACUGCCCCGGCCCUGGGGUCUGGGGCUCCUGGGGUUCCUGGGAGGACUGCAGUGUUUCGUGUGGGGGAGGGGAGCAGCUGCGCUCCCGCCGCUGUGGGCGGCCGCCCUGCCCGGGGCCUGCCCGCCAGAGCCGCUCCUGCCACACCCAGGUCUGCAGAGAGGCAGGCUGCCCAGCCGGGCGUCUGUACCGGGAGUGCCAGGCUGGCGAGGGGUGCCCCUUCUCCUGUGCCCACGUCACUCAGCAGGUGGGCUGCUUCUCCGCUGGCUGUGAGGAGGGCUGUCACUGCCCCGAGGGCACCUUCCUGCAUCACUGGGCCUGUGUCCAGGAGUGCCCCUGCGUACUGCCUGCCUCGCUGCCGUGGGAGCUGGGAGCUGCCAGUGCAGACCCUGGGGCUCCCCCCCCGAUUCUGGGAGAGGGAGGUGAGCCCCUCGGGCCUGGAGAUGAGCUGGGCUCCGGUCAGACCCUCCGUAUAGGCUGCAGCAACUGCUCCUGCGCGCAUGGAAAGCUGUCCUGUUCCAUGGGGGACUGCGCCAAAGCUGGUGGUGGCUUUGGUCCCUGGGGCCCCUGGGGCCUGUGCUCUCGCUCCUGUGGCGGGCUGGGCACCCGCACUCGCAGCCGACAGUGUGUGCGUCCUGCACCUGCUCCUGGCGGCCAGAGCUGCCAUGGGCCUCGCCAGGACCUGGAGUACUGCCCCAGUCCUGACUGCCCAGGGGCUACAGGGUCCACGGCGGAGCCGAUGACAGACCUUCCAGGCGACUGGAGCCUGUGGUCCCCGUGGUCCCCCUGCUCCAGCACCUGCACUGACCCCGCCCACCCUGCUUGGCGCAGCCGCAGCCGCCUCUGCCUGGCAAACUGCACUGGAGGAGUCACUUCCCAGUGGCGCCCCUGCAACCUGCCCUUCUGCACAGAGCUGCCCCUGUGCCCUGGUCCUGGCUGCGUGGCCGGGAACUGUUCCUGGACCACUUGGGCCCCAUGGGAGCCGUGCUCCCGCAGCUGUGGAGUGGGCCAGCAGCGUCGCCUGCGGGCGUACCACCCCCCUGGGCCCGGUGGCCACUGGUGCCCGGACAUCCUCACAGCUUACCAGGAGCGCCGCUUCUGCAACCUGCGUGCUUGCCCAGUGCCUGGAGGCUGGUCACGCUGGAGCCCCUGGUCCUGGUGUGACCGGAGCUGCGGAGGGGGCCAAUCCUUGAGGAGCCGCAGCUGCUCGAGCCCCCCACCCAAGAAUGGGGGUGCCCCCUGUGUGGGGGAGAGGCACCACGCUCGGCUCUGCAAUCCCAUGCCCUGUGGGGAGGGCUGCCCAGCAGGCAUGGAGGUGGUCAGCUGUGCCAACCGCUGCCCGCGCCGCUGCUCAGACCUCCAGGAGGGGAUUGUAUGUCAGGAUGACCAGGCCUGCCAGCGGGGCUGCCGCUGUCUCCAGGGCUCCCUGGAGCAGGACGGCGGCUGCGUGCCCAUUGGGCACUGCGAGUGCACUGAUGCACAGGGCCAGAGCUGGGCUCCUGGGAGCCGGCACCAGGAGGCCUGCAACAACUGCACGUGCCAGGCCGGGAGGCUCUCCUGCACGGCUCAGCCCUGCCUGCCACCCGCCCAUUGUGCCUGGAGCCGCUGGUCAGCCUGGAGUCCCUGCAGCCACUCAUGUGGGCCCUCAGGGCAGCAGAGCCGCUUCCGGUCUUCCACGUCGGGCUCCUGGGCCCCAGAGUGUCGGGAGGAGCAGUCCCAGAGCCAGCCCUGCCCUCAGCCCCCGUGCCCACCCCUGUGCCUGCACGGGGCCCGCCUGCGCCCCCUGGGGGACAGCUGGCGACAGGGCGAGUGCCAGCAGUGCUCCUGCACCCCGGAGGGCAUCGUAUGUGAAGACGUUGAGUGUGCAGGGCCCGGGGCCUGGACGCCAUGGUCCCCCUGGUCUGGCUGCCCUGUCUCCUGUGGAGGCGGAAACCAGGUCCGCACCCGGGUCUGCAUGGCUUUGGUUGCCCACCAAGAGGGACCCCGGUGCCUGGGCCCAGACACCCAGACCCAGCGCUGUGGGCAGCAGCCUUGCUGGGGGCUGCUGGACGCCUGCUCCUGGGGCCCCUGGGGGUCCUGCUCCCGCAGCUGCGGCCCAGGCCUGGCCUCCCGCUCUGGGUCCUGUCCCUGCCCGCCAGCUGAGGCUGCUGCCACCUGCAACGGUACCUUCCUCCACCUGGACACCCAGGCCUGCUACCCAGGGCCCUGCCUGGAGGAGUGUGUGUGGAGCAGCUGGAGCAGCUGGACGCGAUGCUCAUGCCAGGUGCUGGUCCAGCAGCGCUACCGACACCAGAGGCCAGCACGCAGAGGAGCCGGGGAGGGUCCCCCCUGCACACAGCUGGAUGGCCACUUCCGGCCCUGCCUCAUCGUCAACUGCUCUGAGGACGGCUGCACACCACCCUUCGAGUUCCAGGCCUGCGGCUCCCCCUGUGCCAGCCUCUGUGCCACACACCUGAGCCGUCAGCUCUGCCAGGACCUGCCACCCUGCCAGCCUGGUUGCUACUGCCCCCAGGGACUGCUGGAGCAGGCUGGAGGCUGCAUUACCCCAGAACAGUGUAAUUGCCAGCACGGCUCAGGAGAAGGAGCUGGAGUGACUCUGGCCCCCGGGGACCGCCUGCAGCUGGGCUGCAAAGAGUGUGAAUGCUGGCGUGGGGAGCUGCAGUGCACCAGCCGGGGCUGUCAAGGUCUUCUGCCUCUGAGCGGCUGGUCUGAGUGGUCACCCUGUGGGCCCUGCCUGCCCCCCAGCCUGCUGGCCGCUGCCUCCAGGACUGCCCUGGAGGAGCACUGGCCCUGGGAUCCAGCUGGCCUCUCCCCAACCCCGGCCUCCAUGCUGGCUUCGGAGCAGCACCGCCACCGCCUCUGUUUGGACCCUGAGACAGGGAGGCCGUGGGCCGGGGACCCAGACCUCUGCACUGUGCCACUCAGCCAGCAACGCCUCUGUCCAGACCCUGGAGCCUGCCAAGACUCAUGCCAGUGGAGUCCUUGGGGGCCCUGGAGCCGCUGCCAGGUGCCCUGCAGUGGGGGGUUCCGGCUGCGCUGGAGAGAGGCUGGGGGCCCCCCCGGAGGAGGCUGCCAGGGCCCAUGGGCUCAGACCGAGAGCUGCAACAUGGGGCCUUGCCCAGGAGAGAGCUGCGAGGCUCGGGACACCAUGCCCACCCCUGACUGUGCCAACCAGUGCCCAAGAAGCUGUGCCGAUCUCUGGGACCGUGUGCAGUGUCUGCAGGGACCGUGCCGCCCAGGCUGCCGCUGUCCCCCUGGCCAGUUGGUGCAGGAUGGGCACUGUGUGCCAGUGACCUCUUGCCGCUGUGGCCUUCCCAGCCACAAUGCUUCCUGGGUGCUGGCCCCGGCUGAGGUGGUACAGCUGGACUGCAAAAACUGCACCUGUGUCAACGGGUCCCUGGUGUGUCACCCCCAUGAAUGUCCAGCCCUUGGGCCUUGGUCCGCCUGGAGCCGCUGCUCUGCUCCCUGCGGCGGGGGCACUGCCAAGCGACAGCGGAGCUGCAAGGAGGGCCCUGGGGGGGCGGCGUGCGAGGCCCAGGACACAGAGCAAUGGCAGGAAUGUAACCUGCAGUCCUGCCCCGAGUGCCCUCCUGGCCAGGUGCUCAGUGCCUGUGCUACCUUGUGCCCGCGCCUCUGCUCGCAUCUGCAGCCGGGCACCCUCUGCGUGCAGGAACCCUGCCAGCUUGGCUGCGGCUGCCCAGGAGGGCAGCUGCUGCACAAUGGCACGUGUGUGCCCCCUGCCGCGUGCCCCUGCGCCCAGCUCUCUCUGCCCUGGGGCCACACUUUGACUCUCGAAGAGCAGGCCCAGGAGCUGCCUCCAGGAACUCUGCUCACCCAGAACUGCACCCGCUGUGUCUGCCAGGGUGGAGCCUUCAACUGCUCCCGUGGUGACUGUCAUGAGUGCCCCCCUGGAGAAAUGUGGCAGCAGGUGGCCCCUGGGGAGCUGGGGCCCUGCGAGCAGACGUGUCGGGAGCUCAAUGCCGUGGAGGCUUGGGGCAACUGCAGUGCGGGGCAGGCCGCAGGCUGUGUGUGCCCGCCUGGGCGCUUCCGCAGCCAGCAGGGCCUCUGCGUGCCCGCAGGCCAGUGCGAGUGCUGGCGCCAUGGGCGUCCCCACCCGCCCGGAUCCAAGUGGCAGGAGGCCUGUGAGAGCUGCCGCUGUGUUGGUGGGAGGAGUGUCUGCACCCAGCCCUGCCCCGUCCUCUCCUGUGCCCAGGGUGAGGAGGCCGUGCAGGAGCCAGGCAGCUGCUGUCCCACUUGCCGCCAGGAGACUCCAGAGGAGCGGCCUGCCUCCUGCCGGCACCUCACUGAGCUUCGCAACAUCACCAAGGGCCCCUGUUACCUGGACCAGGUGGAAGUGAGCUACUGCAGUGGGCAGUGCCCAUCCAGCACCAACGUCCUGCCAGAGGAGCCGUACCUGCAGAGCCAGUGCGACUGCUGUAGCUACCGCCUGGACCCCGAGAACCCGGUGCGGAUCCUGAACCUGCGCUGCCCCGGCGGCCACACAGAGCUGGCGGUGCUGCCGGUCAUCCACAGCUGCCAGUGCAGCGCGUGCCAGGGAGGUGAUUUCUCAAAGCGCUGACGGCUCCGCUGGGAGAAGCCCCGCCGCCUCUCUUGGGGUCCCUGGGCUCAGCAGCACGAACCCCUCCUCCUCUCAUGCCCACCCAUCCCCUCCCCGU